AUGUCUGGCGGGUUUGUAACUCGAUCCGGCUCGCUGGAACAAGUCAAGAGAGAUAGGGACAGUGCUACGGAAAGCGGCGGAGUACAGAUCUUGACCCGCUUGACGCCAAAGCAAGAAGCGCGUCUGAGGACGCAUCUUGACGAUCGGCUGGCAUCCCUCGAGAGAGAUGAGAGGACAUUCAAACUGAAAUCACUUCCAUCUCUUCUAAGCCGCCUAUCGCCCCUCCUCCAGCUCAUCCUCCAAAUCCCCCCUUUCCACCCCUUCGACCACCUCCGCACAUCAUAUCUCCUCACCCUCACUGCAGUCAUACCGAGCUACAUUUCUGCUCUGCCGCUUAUAGGAGGGUCUGAUAUAUUAAGCGAUGGUAAGGACGGUGAGGAAGCGCAGGAGGGAGAUCAAGAGGAGCUGGAGCAGAAGCAUGCCGGCCGGGUAUUGCGAGCUGUGCUGGCGUUCUUGAAAGAGGUAGAUAAAGGGUGGUUGGCAGUGCUGAAUGGAGAAGCAUGGUCGCCUCCACCUUCUGCUUUUGCUAGGUCGGACGAGGCAGAUAGCGGGGAGCAAGACUGGGAGAAGAAUGUCCUCCUAGGCGGCACGCCGGUCAAAGUCUCUUAUGCGGGACAGGUGGACCAAACCGAGCGGACAAGACUACGUUCCAUCAUACUCACAGGCCGGUCCAAAAUGCUCGCUUGGGCCCGAGGAUACGGCUCCUUCCCAGGGUCGUCAUUGCCAGGCAGCGCCGCCACCCCCAUAUCUCUAGGAGGGUCCGGUGCUGGAGAAGAAGAGGAUGAAGAGUGGGAAACAGACAUUCUCAACAUGUGGAACGGGACUCUGGAAGCUGUUGCACAGGGCGAAUGA